AUGGCCCUCACCAAAGAAUUGUCCACCACCUACAACCAGUUUCUUGAAACUGCCCCGGAGGAAGUGUCUUCCAUCAUAACGGAUGCAGUAGGCAACUUCAAGAACAUCUACGACCCUGCGAGAGCGAUCCAGCCCGGGGGUGCCUUUCCGCAGUUCCAAUUGAGCGGUGCGACUGGCAACAAAGUGUCGCUGAAUGAUCUCCUGGCUAAAGGACCCAUCCUGGUUUCUUUCUACCGGGGUGAGUGGUGUCCCUUCUGCAACCUCGAGCUGCGUGCGCUCCAAGCCCACCUAGACGACUUUGGCAAGAGAGGCGUUACUCUAGUCGCGAUAUCCCCGGAGCUACCUGAUCAAUCGCUGUCCACGUCCGAGAAAUUGUCGUUGAAAUUCCCCGUACUUUCAGACGUCAACAAUGAGCUGGCAAAGCAGCUAGGCAUCUUGUUCGCUCAGCCCGAACCUAUGCGAACUGUUUUUGGCAAGUUUGGCGUGGACUGGAACAAGCGUUACGGCAACGACCAGUUGGAGGUUCCAGUUCCUGCAACUUUCCUGGUCGACAAGACGGGAACUGUGCGCAAUUCCUUCGUGAAUCCUGAAUAUCAGCACCGAUUGGACCCUGAGACUGCACUCCAAUGGGUUGAUCAGCUUUGA